AUGAGAAUCCUACUCAGAAGGGACGAUAUCGCAGCGCGCCAUGUAGACGACCAAUUCUUAGUAGCAGCUUGUCAUCCAGUAAAACCAGAAAAGCUGUUCCUGUACCACCAAGUCGAGGAGGAAUGCUACGAGUAUCUUCCAGUCCAAGUGAAAGAGCAAGUCGUGUUUAUCGCUCCUAAUACACACGACGUUAAACUACAUUCAAGAGCAGUCAACUGCCCCUUGAAACCUCUUCGCAACAACCAUGAAAUUAUUGCAGGACUUGGACUGAACAAUUUUUUGACCAAACGCACCUUGUUUACAGGAAUUAAACUUCCGGACAUAGGAGACGAAUGGAUCAAACUAGCGAUUGACCGCAAGCAAAGAUACGAGCCAGCAGAGCAAGUCUCAAACCCCUUUGAACAAAGGGCGACCAGCACAGAUGAGUUUUUAGAAGAAAUUGGUGGCAAGGCAGAAGAAACUACAAAAUUAAUAAAGAACACACUUUAUUUACUGUUGAUAUCAUGGAAGUGGAUAUGCAGUUUUGUUUUAUUCCCAUUAUUUCUCCUCUCAGUUUCGGGCAUUUGA